UUUCUAAACAUCAGUUAGCAAUAAACUGUUCUAGAUGGAUUUUAUAUUAGAAUAAUUCAAUAUAAAUCAAAAACUAUGCAAGAGAUCCGAACCGAUGUAGUCAAAUUUGGAUGAAAUUUACUUUUCUGUGUUCAUAUUCAAAUAGUUCCAGGGUAGAAUACUGUGUUAUCUUCUGCCUAACCUUAACGAUUUAUAUUGAACUAUAUAUGAUACUGAAAUGCUUAAGCCACACAGAUUAAGUAUAUACUAUGCCAUGCCGAAGCUAUUGAUGUGUCAAAAAAUUGUAUGUAAAAUCAAAUUCUGAACUUAUGGCCAGACAGUAAAGUUUGAUGAUCGAUUUUAAUCACGAAGCUGGCCUUAUGCGUUGUGAUCUAAGGAUAUUUCGCUAGUGACAAAUAAAGCAGUACAAGACAUAGAAACACAACGAAUACGAAAUGCGGCGCGUUAAUUAUGACUCGGAUGAGGAUCACACAGAAGGCACAGACUGGGGCGAUGAAGGGACACGGCGUCACUUCAUCAGUAAAGUCCUCACAAUCAUUGCCUUCCAAAUGGCGUUUACUGCAGCAAUUACUUGCGGAGUCCUGUUCAUAGAUCCAGCGAAAUCGUUUUUUCUGCAGUACUGGUAUAUGUGCUAUAUAGGAACGGGUGGAAUGAUCGUCAUCAGUUUUAUAUUAUAUUGUUGUAGAUCCCUUGCACGACAUCCAAUUGUCGGCUCUGUACUACUAUUUCUGUAUACUAUAUUUGCGACUAUUCUGGUCUGCAGUGUGACAGUUUAUUAUGAAAUCAAUUUGAUUCUGUACGCUUUGGGAAUAACGGUCCUUCUCUGCACGUGCCUCACUCUCUUCGCAUUGUUUUUGCCAUGUGAUUUUACUGGAUAUGGCCCAUAUCUAUGUGUGGCGGGAAUAAUACUUUUUGGUAUAGGACUUCUGGCCAGCUUCAUAGGCGGUACAGUUCUUAAUUGGAUAUAUGCUUGUUUGGGUCUGCUGUUGUUCUCUUUGUACUUGGUGUAUGACAUACAGUUAAUGGUUGGAAGGCAUAGUAAUCAGUAUAGCGAAUCUGAUUAUAUUUUGGCCGCACUCAACAUUUACAUUGAUGUUGUACGAAUAUUCUUGAUGCUUCUAAGAAUAAUAGGCCUUAUUAAACAUGGUUAAUAAAAAUCUAUUGUCGUGCAACUCUAACCGUGUUUUUA